UCCACGUUGGAGCAGCCUCAUUCGACAAAUCUGACCAUGGAGUACAAAGGCGUUUGUGUGCUGCUGGGAGUGCUACUACUGGUGAACUGCUCACUUCAGCAGAAUCCACCAAAGAAGAAAGUGGUGAGAAAAGAUACUGCAACAAAGGAUGCUGCCAUUGAGGAUCUAAAAAAACAGAUCAAUGAUAUUGUCAAGGAGCUCAACCUACUGAAGGAACAACAGGCGCUGCAGAGAGUCUGUUUGAAAGGCAUCAAGAUCCAUGGUAAGUGUUUCCUGGCUGACCCUGUGAAGAAGCGCUAUCACAUUGCCAGUGAAGAGUGUAACGCUAUGGGCGGCGUCCUCAGUACGCCCACAUCCAGCGAUGAGAACGACCAGCUCAGAGACUACAUCCGCCAGAGCAUCGGCCCAAGCGAGCAGAUCUGGCUGGGGGUCAAUGACAUGAUGACUGAGGGCACCUGGGUGGACCAAACCGGUUUCAGCAUUUCAUACAAAAACUGGGACACCUCCAAUAACCGGUCCCCUCAGCCUGACGGGGGUGCGUCCCAGAACUGUGUCGUCCUCUCUGGGGCCUCCCGCGGGAAGUGGUCUGACGAGAACUGCCGUGACGAGAGGCCCUCCGUCUGCCAGUUCAACAUUAUUUGAUCACAUUUAUCUAAUCACAGACUCUGCAUCAUGGUUACAAUUGCUUUGUGUGUGCAUGUGUACA